AGUUGCGAUCGUCGCGUUUUCGUGAGCACAUUCUGCCAAGAGUGUUGUUUGUGCACUGGUCUCGAAAAGAAAAUUCCCACAGAGUGAAAAUAUAUUCACAAAUUGCCCCCUCUCUUUGAUAUUUUAGAGGCUCCCACUUGGGGAUUUUGUGUGUUGGUGACGGUCAAAGACAAUUUUUAAUAAUAGUUUUCAUAGCUCUGAGGCGCACUCAACAUUUUUACCUCCUCUCCAAAUCAUCACAUUUUUCCUCACUCUCUCGCCAAUAUUAAAAUAUAUAUUAUAUUUCUUGUUUUAUUUUUCUUCUUGUGCUUUUUCCAACACUCCAAAAUAUAGUGAAAGUGCUUUUAUAAAGUUGUUAUUCCCUAAAGAAUAUUUACUCUCAAAAAGUUAUUCCUCCAAGUGACAAACAGUGGCAAAUAAUCACAGUAUUUGCCCACUUUUGAGACUAUAUAAAAAAAAUCAUAAUUUUAUAUUGUUCAAACUUUAGUGCCCAAUUAAGUGUGUCAAUGUGUAACAUUUAACAAAGAAUUAUUUUGUGUAGUAAAACAAAAGGUGUUUUCAGGUCGUGCCAUGCACUUCUUCCCCCCAAAAGACAUUCAAUUAUUUUCUGCUAGUUGAACUUACAAUAUUAAAUGGUUUUUUUUUUUUGGUGAAUGAUAGCAGUUUGAAUGCACUGAACACAUUUUUAUUGUGUUGAACUUUUUCAAUUAGAAAAUUUUCAUAUUAUUGCAUUAGUAAAUAUUUGUGGUAGACAAAGAGAAGCACAAAGUAGCAAAAAUUAAAAUUACAAAAAACAAUCAAGAUGAGAGAAGAUGAAUUAUAUCAUUUUGAUUAUUUAAACAGUGGUGAUGGUAUUUGUGAAAGAUUCAGUGAAGAUUUUCUCUAUAAUUCACAUAACAGUCGUGAAAUGAUCUCUGACAAAAUUUUCGUUAAUCGAUCACUCCACUUGGAGAACAUCAAAUUCUAUGGCUUUGAUAUGGAUUACACGCUGGCGGAGUACAAAUCUCCCCAAUAUGAACAAUUAGGAUUUGAUCUCGUGAAGGAACGCUUAGUCAAUAUGGGAUAUCCCAACGAAAUUCUUCAAUUUGAAUAUGAUCCAUCAUUUCCAAUUAGAGGACUAUGGUUCGAUACACUCUACGGAAAUUUGCUCAAAGUGGACGCUUAUGGAAAUAUUUUAGUCUGUGUACAUGGCUUUGAAUUUCUCAAGCAUUCCCAAGUUUAUGAUUUCUACCCAAAUAAAUUCCUCAAGUUGGAUGAAUCUCGUGUCUAUGUGCUCAACACUCUCUUCAAUUUGCCUGAAACAUACUUGUUGGCGUGUCUGGUGGACUUCUUCACCAACUCCAAAGAGUACACAAGGGAGAAGAAUGGCGUCAGAUGUGGUCAACUUUUCAUGUCUUACAAAUCAAUCUUCCAGGACGUAAGAGGAGCUGUGGACUGGGUUCAUAUUCAAGGAGAUCUCAAAACGCGCACUAUUGAGAAUUUGGAAUAUUAUGUAAAGAAAGACCCAAGAUUGCCUAUGGUUCUAUCCAGAAUCCGCGAAAGUGGCUCGAAGGUCUUCUUACUCACGAAUAGUGAUUUUAAGUUCACGGACAACAUUAUGACGUACCUCUUCGACUUUCCACAUGGCGCCAAGAUGGAUGAACCCCAUCGAAACUGGAGGACAUACUUCGACCUGAUUGUCGUGGAUGCUGGAAAGCCUCUAUUCUUCGGUGAGGGCACGAUUCUGCGUCAAGUGGACACAAAUACUGGAGCACUGAGGGUGGGAAAGCACAUGGGACCCUUGCAGGUUGAGCAUGUUUACUCUGGUGGUUCCUGUGACGUCUUUACAUCUUUGAUUGGCGCCAAAGGGAAGGAUGUGCUCUAUAUUGGGGAUCAUAUAUUCGGUGACAUUCUCAAGAGCAAGAAAAUCCGUGGAUGGAGAACUUUUCUGAUAGUGCCUGAACUUGUGCAAGAACUCCAUGUUUGGACGGACAAAUGCCAAUUAUUUGCUGAACUGCAGCAGUUGGACAUUAUGCUGGGGGACAUGUACAAGAAUAUGGAUUCGAGUGCAAAGGAGAAACCGGAUAUUUCGCAAGUUCGUGCUUCAAUUCGUGACGUUACGCACAAGAUGGACUUGGCAUAUGGAAUGAUGGGCUCACUCUUCAGAUCCGGCUCCAGGCAGACAUUCUUCUCUAGUCAAGUGGUCAGAUAUGCCGAUCUGUAUGCUGCCAGCUUCCUCAAUCUCAUCUACUACCCCUUUUCCUACAUGUUCCGUGCACCAGCUAUGCUCUUGCCGCACGAAUCGACCGUUGCGCACGAACAGCGGUUCAUCAUGGAUAAACCAAUGAUAUCUAGGACUAGAUCGAAGAUUGAGAUGAUUGGGACAUUCGAUGGAGAAGCGCCAGAUGCACUCAAUCAACUAGAUAACAAUUCAGAUUUGAAGCUCUCUGGAUUCAAUGAUGAGGCAACAGUUCCCCACACCAGACCCGAAACUCCAAGAUCAGUUACUCACAAUCACGAUGAAGAUUUCACAGAUGAGGAGAGUGACAGCAAUAAGGGGCAAUAAAGCACUGUUUAUCUAUAGGAUUGUUAACAUUAUAUAGGAAAUUGCUUCCACAAAUAUUAAAAAAAAAAUGCUCCAAUUAAGUAAGUAUAUAUAAAAAUGAGAGGAAAAUAUAAUUCACUAAAAUUUGAAACGCUUUGUACAAAAUGAGAGAAAUAGACGGAAUUUUUGUGUUAGUUGAAAUUCCUUCAGUUAUUUUUUUGUUGAUUAAAUAGAAAUUACUUGUAAAAAAUUUAGGGGGAAGAAUAAAACAAUUUAUCAGGGAUUCCGAAUAAAGCACUGCGAUGAACUUGAAAAUCUUAUGUUGUGGUUCAAGUGAAGUCAAAUAGUGCAUGUCUAUUUUUUAUUCAGUGUCAGCGACUGAAUUUCUUAAACGAUUCAAAUGCUAAACUUGUUGAUAUAGAAUUAAUUAUAUAUACAUCUCUCUCUCUCACUUUAUCUUACACCUUAACGCGUUCUUCCAAUUUCAAACUAAUGCGACAUACUCUGUAGAAAAUGUCUAGAAAUUUAUUAAUUGAUUGUCUCAACAAAGUUUUAAAAAAAAACACUUGCAGUGCUUUUUGCAUUAUCUUUCUGCUUAAGAAAAAUGGUCGAUAGUAAAACAAGAGUCGUAAAGUUUUCCUAACAAAUGAGUCAUUUGCAAUUAAUUAUUCACUUCAAGUUUUAAUUUAUUAUUCUGUAACUUACUGUUUUUAAAGCUGAGUAAGACAACGGUGAAAUGAACCACUGAUUAAUUUUAUAUUCGCGAUAUUGAGAUUUUAAAGUACUUUUUACCGUGCAUAUUUUUUAAUAUGAAUAUUUUUUGAUAAAUUUUAUUUUCCAAAUAAUUAAAAAAAAAACUUUUAUUUAACCAAAUUAAAACCCUUUUAUUGGCCAAAGCGAUUAAAUUAUCUCCCAAAUAUUUAAAAUAUAUCCUGUUUUUUUUUUAUUUUUUAAUUAAUUAUGAGAAAUAAAUUGUGGAUGCAAUAGAAAUGUUUUGUAAAUUUUGAACUUUUGCACAAUAGAAAAGUUGAUAAUAGAAAAAUAAUAUCAUUGUCCUGUAAAAGAAAAACAUAUUGAUUGCAAUGAAAAAUAACAUUUAUUAAUUAUUGCAA